UUUUUUAGAAAAUGACAAAUCAAUGGUCACUUAAUAAUUUAUUACUGAAAAUGACGAGUCUAUAGGAUAAUAUUGGUGUUGAAAUGAUAAUCCUAGAUUACUAAAAUAUCGACUAUCGAUACCAAUAACUGCUAUCGAUAUGUACAAUACUUCAAGGUUUCAAAAACAAAGCAGACAGAUAAAUUCUAACCUAAAAUGUUAUAAGACAUGAGUAUUUUUUGUGUGAUUGGAGAAAAUUAAUGGAAUAUUUAUGUAUAUUUAUAAUUUCAUUUUGAUAUUUUAUUCUCAUUCAAAUUAGUUUGCAAAAGUAAGCUUAGAUGUUUUUUAUGAAAGUUCAAAAACCGAAAGUAUUCUUGAUUUGAUCCAACAAGUUUUAGAACUUUCUAAAGGUAAGAAAUGUUUAGAAAAUGCGUUCCCAGGCCACCGCUUCUAGAAGUAGCAUUGUGUACCAGAAGACAGGAUCUCAUCGUUCAGUUCAAGAGAUGGUAUUCAGCAGGGCCCAAUCAUUGGGCAACUCUGAAGAAUAUAAAGAGGCCAACCGAUAAGGCGCUGGAGCAUUUUGACGAUUUCUAUGCAUCGGUCUUCAAAAACUCGUGGCGAUCGAUUAGGGUCGCUCUGCUCUCGCCGCAAAAGUAUUGUGCUGUCGUCAACAAUUUCGCUGAUGCUGAAGAAACCUCCUCUAUGUUCGAAAAUAUCGGUGCUUUCAAUAUGAGGAAAAUAAUAGAUAAGGAGCGAGAGAAACUGUUGCGACGACGCUCGACUAGCAAGAGAAGGAGCUCUUCGAAAGUGCGUGCGUUGGACUUGAAGCUCGAUCAGCUAGCUGAACAAAAACAAAUGGAGGAGUUGAGGAGUUUGUAUCCUGAGAAUUCAACGCCUGGUCAACUAAUCUCGAGCAACGAGGAGCAGAACCAUAGAGAGGACACGGCCAUACCGUCCCUCAGCUCGAGCGACGAGGAGCAGCACCCUAGAGAGGACAGCCUGGACUGGACUCGGCAGAUAGACGGCAGCGAAGAGGGAGGAGCAUCGUUGGACUCAAGCGCUCUCUACGACUACAUGCCUGCGACGCGGCUGCGGGGCACUGAGGAAUGGGUGAGCGAAGCCGACCACUACCGCUACUACGAGCACCUGUCAGCUGUCCCCACUCAGGUGGUCAGGGAGGACCAGCUCCGCUUCCCGGCCCACCUCAACGUCUACGCCUAUGAGAUGGGCAACGUCACCGAGUUCCAACCGGCCGGCAAGGGCAGGACUAAUGUGCUCAAUUACUACCUGAUGAAUGCCAGUAGUUUGCUUCCCGUUCUGGCGUUGGAUCUGAACCCUGGUGACACUUUGCUAGACAUGUGCGCUGCGCCCGGAGGCAAAAGCCUGCUUGCUCUGCAGACCCUUCAUCCUGAAUAUGUUGUGUGCAAUGACAAAUUCAGAAGUAAAAGGAUUCAGGGUGUGAUAGACAGCUACUUCUACGAUCAGUCACGUAUCAAAGUCACCAGUCGAGAUGGGGCAUUUAUAGAUGAUUCAAAUACUUACAAUAAGAUUCUUGUAGAUGUACCGUGUACAAACGAUCGACAUUCUCUAAUGGAGGAUGACAAUAACAUUUUCAAGCCAUCUCGAAUCAAGGAACGCUUUCGAAUUCCAGAAAUCCAAUCGAAACUGCUCAGUAAUGCGUUGAAAAUAGUGAAAGUGGGAGGAACAGUGGUGUACUCGACCUGCUCGCUAUCUCCCAUUCAGAACGACGGAGUUGUGCAGAUGGCGCUGCGUGAUUUGUGGCAGGAAACCAAACAUAAAAUUAUUGUCAAAGACAUGACAGCAGCCCUGGAACCCACUAGUAUUUUUUUCAAGUUUGACAAUUCCUAUAGAUUAAAAUAUGGCCAUUUGAUAGUACCUUACCUACCAGCUAACUUUGGACCGCUAUACUUCUGUAAACUAGUCAGAGUUGAAUAAAACUAAUCUUAAAUUAGUUUUUCAAA